CCGGGCUGGGGGGGGGGGGAGCGGCGGCAGCAGCGGGCCGGGGCCGGGCCGGGCCGGGCCGGGCCAUGGCGCUGGACGCGCGGCGGCUGGAGGCGCUGAGCCUGCAGGAGCUGAGCGCGCUGCUGGACGACGAGGAGCGGCUGCAGGACAUGGCCCGCGAGAUGGAGGAGGCCCAAAAUGUUCAACACAGCAAGGACAUGACUCUUGCCAGCAACCGCAGUCUGGCAGAGGACAAUCUUCUGUUCCAGCCGAAGCUGGAGUCUUUGAAAGCAAAUUUGACUCAAAAAUAUCAAGAGCUGCAAGUUCUUUUUGAAGCAUACCAGAUAAAGAAAACAAAACUAGACAGACAAUCCAGUAAUGCUUCACUGGAGACACUGCUAGCACUCCUUCAGACAGAGGGGGCUAAGAUUGAGGAAGACACGGAGAAUAUGGCAGAAAAUUUUCUUGAUGGUGAAAUACCACUGGAUUCCUUCAUUGACGAGUACCAGAGCAAGCGUAAACUGGCUCACCUGCGACGUGUAAAAAUUGAGAAGCUCCAAGAGAUGGUGCUGAAGGGACAGAGACUUCCGCAGGUUCAGCCGCUGGCUCAGCCGAGAGCACCCGACACGACACCAGCACCUCAAGAUUCCUACACUUCGGAUGCAAACCCUCCUCCUUCAGUUGUGCCCCGACGAAUACCACCCCCUCCGCCUUCAGUCCCAGCAGGACGCUUUCCUACUCCCUUUACUGCAGCCAUGAGUUCAGGACCGGCUCUUUCUUAUCCAGGUGCUCCAUAUCCUCCUCUCCCACCUCGACCGGGAGCUCAGUCUGCAAGUCAAGUGUCACAGCCAGGAUACCCAUCUCAGUUCGUACCACCGUAUCCUCCAGCUCUUCCCCAAAGACCACCUCGCUUCCCACCACAUCCUGGUUUUAUCCUCCAGUGAAUAUUUUGGUGCGCCUGACUUAUGUAUUGGUGCUUAUAUUUCCUUUUUCUCUCCCUGUCAGAGACUUAACAUAGGCAAUGGAAAGCCUCUGUUUUUUGCACAGUGGAGUAUAAAAUUUGAGCUCUGGCACAGAGGUUUGAAAUUGUGUUUAGUAAAUGUGAUUAUUUUUGUUUUCAAAUACCAGUGACAGCAAGAACUUUCUAGGAAGGUGAUAGGGGCUAAAUUUUUUAAAUCCAUCAAAUUGUGAAACAGUGCACAGUGGAUUUCCUGAUGUUAUAAAUCUCCAAAUUCUUUAGCGAUGGUAAAUCAGCAUCCUUUUCUGUUCUGAUGUAUUCCCGUCGCAGCUGGAUGUGUGUGUAGCAAGCGGGAGCUAUUUGUCUCUCUAAAGAAUUCUCUACCAGUGCCAGUGUUUGGAUGGUAACGGCUAUAUCUGAAUGCUGGGCGAAGGGUUGGAGGGGACUGCAUCAGCAGCCUUUGCAGUGUGCCCAGACAGUGGCAUUUGUGGCCAGGUGCACAACACUUUCAGAGCUCACUGAGCUGAAACUGUUGUCAGAUAAUGUUCUAUGGUUUUUAAACAGUAAAAGUUACAAGAGUUUCAGUUCUACAUUUCAGUUGUUACCUUAGACUUUUCAUAAUAAAAGUACGCACUCUUCCCAUUCCUAAAUAGUUUGAUAUUCUGAAAGUCCUGGUCUCUUGAAAUUAAACUAAACUGUUUGUAGAGCCAGUUUAGGGUUUUAUAGAAAUUUUACCAGGAAUUUUUAUUUCUUUACCUAUUAAGAUUUUCAUAUGUUUUUUUUUCCACACCUUGGAUACAGAAGUUAAUUUUUUUUAUACACCGGUGCUUAGCUUUUGAUAUCAUGUGAUUCCAGGAAUCCAGGCAGGGUAUUUUCUUAAUUAAGUGUUGGAUUUUCACAUCAUGUAAUUACCCACAACUUCAUUUUGUCCCUCAAACUCCCAUCUCUUGCUUGGCAGAACUGUUUUUAACUUCUACAUUUCCUUCCGUCUUGCAGUUUUUGGCCUGCUUAUCUAUCUGGAAUUUGCAGUUAACAUUUCUGUGCAAGCAGUCAAAACAGAAAAAAAAAUUUGAACUCCAUGGUAGCUGUUUGCCUCUUAUAUAAUCCUUUCUUGACUUUUUAUACCACUGGAGAGGGAGGCUGCCUAGGGGAGUUCAGAUCUCAUUCUCAAUAUGACUCUAGGCACGCGCUGGUAAUCUAAUCUAGCACUGGGAGAGGCAAAUCUUAACACUUGUUGCUUGUGCAGAAUAUGUCCACAUUGAUUAUCAAUUUUUCAUACCCACAAACAACUUCCAACUAAUUCAUGCUAACUUAAGGAAGACAUGAUCCAGAAUCUGCCAUAUCUUCUUCACUAUUUUAAAACAUUCUUAUCAUUGUCCUGGAAUGCACUACAUUGUUUGGAAGUCUGUGCUACGAACAGCUUCAGUCAAAAAUAGAAUAUCUGAUCAUUUUUUUCUUUACAUAAGGCCCUUGACUGUCCCUUAAUCAUUUCCUCUGGAGUGUGGUGGUUGCUAGCAAAUACUGAUCUGAAAUUAAUCUCAUAACAGGAAACUCUCUAUUCUGAAAAUAUGGUUAUUUGGCUUGUUUUGCCUUCUGAAGACAAAAGGCAGAAGGUUGGUCAGUGUUACUGGCAUCUGAACCAAUUCCCCAGUGUAAAUCUGGAAAGUUUCUGUAGAUGGGGGAGUUUGUGAAGCAACGUGCAUUGGAUUUGUUUGCAAAGUGUGUUUUUUCUGUAAUCUAGUGAUGGUACAGGAUGUGUUUUUUAAAAUAGUGUAAUAUCUUUUCUUGGUAUUAUUUUCUCAUUGAAGCAUUUGUGUAAGCAUGGUUGAUCAUGACUUGUUUCAAAAAAUUUUGCUGUGCUAUUAGUGUUGGUAUUUGGAUGGCAACUGUCGUAUCUGAAUGCUAAACAUAAAUCUGCUGUAGAAAUGAUUUGUGUCCUAGGAAGAAUAAAAGUUGGUGGGGGCUAUCAGGGUGGUGAUUGAGUAUAGAAAUUCAUACGUUGAGCCUGCUACACAAACUAAAACAAUCCCAAAUUAGUUUUGCUAACAUUUAAUAAAAACAACCAGGUAUAUUUUACACUUAUCAAGUGACAACUUUUUUUCUGAGAGUUGCAAAUCCUCAGAAGUGAUGGAGGUGAUCGAUAAGUGUAUUGUGAAUUUGCACUGCAUUUUAUGUAUCUAACUUUAUUGGUAUUAGUAGUCCAAAAGUAUUUUUACUACUUGUUAAAUUUUCUGUCUUUUGGUAACUUUUGUGAUAACAUGAUCUUUCAGGGAUACUUUAUCUAAAAACAGACUCUUGUGCUAACUAAAUACAGACAAAGCUAAUGCAGUUUUUCUGUCUGAAAGCAAAACAAUGCAUUAUUGCAUAUGCAUGUGGCUGAUGUGCCUUAGGAUCACUACCUGUGAUUGUAAUACUAGGAUACUAGCAUUUUUAUCAUAUGAAUAGCCAUUGUUUAACUCUAAUUUAAGGGCUCUUCAAGAGCACUUUCUUUAAAAAAUGAAAACAAAAAUCUCACCCUCAUACGUUAGAAUCAAGAAAGGCUGUAUCUGCUAUUUGUGAGCGUAUAGUUGCCUUCACUGAUGGGUUAGUUUGAACAUAAGUGAUACAACUAAUGUGAUGUUUCAGUUAUAGCAGUCCCGUAACUGAAAUCCAGCUGCUCAUGGAAAAUGUUUUUGCCAUUAAUUGUGUGUGUGUGCGCACAAACUGUAAAUACAUACUUGACUGCUGGUAAUGUUUAAGGGUAUAGGAGAAAGAUGACUGUGGAAAGCUGUUUAAAUCCUUUCAGAAAAAAAAUGUUACAGAACACUAAUCUGAAUGAGUCGGGCAAGAGCUUUGUCAGUGCUUUGAACCAUUGCCCUUUGACAGCUUCUCCUGUUCUGUUAUAGUUAAUAAAUUCUGCUAUGGCUAGGAUGUUUAGAAUUGUACUAAUUUGCACUGUUUAUAAGAUAGUGAGAUUAAAAUGCCAUAGGCAAGCUGAGACUUGAGAUGGGGUAGCUCAGUGUGCUUGCCAAAAUAUAUAUUAUGUUGUCUUGAGGAUUUUUCAUGUCUGCUGCAAAUAGCAUAUACUUCCCCAAAGCAAUUGGAGCGGAGAAAAAUCUUUUAAACUUGAUGUGUAACACGGCUUUAGAGUGUUGGUAGGGUUGAAAAUGCUCUCUUUGGAUGGCAUUACGUUUGCCAGUCUUUUGUACGCAGAUUUUGUAAGUUAUGACUAAUUCAAUUGUAUGUGGUUAGGGUUGUUGGGGUUUUUUUGGAAUGAUGGUCAGCAUUGAAUGGUUCUAACUCUAGGAUGAGUUUCACUGCACCUCAGUGCUGUCUCUCGGAGGAAGCGGAGUCAGUUGUUCUGACACAGCUGAUCCACACAGGUCGCGGUUGUACCGUGACCCUGGAGGGACUCUUUAGGAUACAAGCUCUGAUGCGGUUCCAGGAGGCAGGGCCCUGGGCACAGUCCAGUCGUGGGUGGCCGUUUUGUUUAGUGCUCCCACUUCACAACCUCAGUCUCCACCUCUUGUGGACGUUUCUGCCCUCUCAAACUGGAAUAGUGAAUUAGACGUAGAGCUCCAACUGACAAUUCCUCGAGCCUGAACACAGAGCUUCUUGGCAAACGUUGAGUUCAGAGGAGGUAGAGUCGUCCUGCACCUGAAUGGUUUCUUUGUGUAAUGCUGGACAGUUGAAUAAAGGGGCAAUUUUAUAUGCCUAGCAAGUUGUGAAAUGUACAGUGGAUUUGUUUGCAUAAUAAGUCUUUCUGUAAUCUACUGUGGUCUGAUUUUAAAUAAAAUAUCAUAUCUCUUGG